GGACCCGAUCCCAUUCGUUUCUGGCUUUAUGUCAAGACCAGGUCCCCGCUGCAGCCCGAGGACGGUUGCUCUAGACUGUCUAUUAUCAGCCUCUGCAUAGGUUCUCUAUUGACCGCCAUGUCGACGCAGCCUCUCCUCCAGCGUACUGCGCAGAAGCGCAUAGCCCUCCCUGUCCGGGUCGAACCCAAAGUCUCGUUUGCGAACGAACGUACUUUCUUGUCAUGGCUGCAUUUUACUGUCGUUUUGGGAGGAUUGGCAGUUGGGUUGCUGAAUUUUGGUGACAAGGUUGGAAAGAUCAGUGCCGCUAUGUUCUCCAUCGUAGCAAUGGCCGUCAUGAUCUACGCCCUAUAUACCUACCAUUGGCGCGCUGCCUCUAUCCGCCGGGGAGGUCGUGGACCCUACGACGAUAGGUUGGGACCGACCUUGUUAUGCAUUGCCCUUCUCGUGGCUGUGGUAGUUAAUUUCGUCCUGCGCUUCACGUAUUCAUGAGAGCGCACCGGGUCAGUGCGUCCCUUAUACGCUUGUCCUCGGGAGGUCCGGAUAGACCCAUCCUGACAGCAAGACGCGAUAUCCGGUUCAAAUGAGCAAUGCAGUUCCCGAAAGAUUCAUGUGGCCCGGGUUCCCCUCCAGCAAGGUGUUUCCUAUACAUAUACAUUCCGACACUACUUCCACCGUUGUAGCUAUAGAAUCCGUCUAUAAUUCCAUGUUGUUCUUUCCGAGUGAUUGGUAACAAUCUAUUCUUCAUUCUCUGAUGUGGUUGAAUGAAGCAGUGGCUUUAACAAUACCUUGUGAUAAUUCUGAUGCGCACGCGCAAGG